ACCGAUGUCAACCGUAUACACCUACUUCACUAAAGAAGUGGUGGACGAGUUCGGAGGCUCCGGUUCUGAGUCCCUCCUUCAAAUCCUAGAAGGACUUCCUGAAAAUGAAAAUGAAAGGGAGUUGAUUGUUGCCCAAUUGUUCACCGAGCUUUUAUUGAUUUUUGAAGAAGAUCAAUUGGAAUUGGAUCCAAUCGUACAAUUUCUUUAUUCAAUUAUCACAAGUGACAUGUAUGCAAGGGUGUUUUGUCAGGUUCUUAAUGUGUUUCCUCCUAGUGAUAAAACAAAUAAUCUAAUCUUGUUAUUGAGUCGAAAGGACCAGGUCAUCAAACCAGAUACCAUAGCUGCAUACAUUGGAGCAGAUCUUUUGAAAGAAGCAGGCGUAGUACCCAAGGAGGUAUUGACUAAGACUCUUAAUAGCAGAGUCAGAGACGAGUUCUAUACACAAAAGAAGUACAAUUUGUUUCACGAAGAGGUUGAGGGGUAUUCCAAAUUGAUUGUCGAGCUAUAUUCAAUAAUGAAGUCAUCAGAUACCGAAUACCAAGUUGAUUACUGCAUUCAAAUGAUUGAAAAGUUGAUUGGACAUUAUAGCUUGGAUCCAAACAGAUGUCUUGAUAUUAUUUUAGAAGUUUACUCAUCCAUGUUCGUCUCAAACGUCGAAUUCUCCUUGCAGUUGCUCAAAAAGUCACGCUGGUGGCCCAAAUAUGAGAGUGACUGUUCCUCUAUGGAGACAUUGUCUCUCGGAGGUAGCGAAGCAGGCGCUAAGAUUCUUGGAUUGAAAUUCAUAAAAUAUCCUAAGGAAAAAGAUUUGCCAGAGACAUUCAAAAUAUUAAUUGCAUUCUUGAUCAAGGAAGGAUUUGUCAGCUUUGGCUCUAUCUACAAAUAUUUAAGACCUGAGGAAGAAGAAAUGCAAAUUUUGGAAAAAGAGUACAAGAAGAAUUUGGAUGAAAAAGUCUCGAAGUCAGGUGCUAGUGCGUUAGCAUUAGCUGCUCCAUUGGCAGAUGAUGAAGAGGAAGAAACUUCCGGUAAAAUUACAGGCAAGCAAAACACUGCUACUGUGACCGAGUCUAUAUCGAUUGAAAAAAGAUUGCAUUCAAACUUCAAAUAUCAAAUGUUACGAGUUUUCCUUGGAAAUGGCCUAUACUGGCCUUCAAUGUUUAUUUUGACAAAGUAUCAUUACUUGGCAUUCAUUGAUGAUGAAAUUUAUCCAUUAAUUAACAGAAUGUUGGACACCAUGAUUCAACCCUUGUACUCUCACAUCAAGCCUUUUAGUGAUCAAGAACUUACCAAUUUCCAAGCAUCAGUCAAGAACCCAAUAUCCAGGCAGCAUAAUCACAUAAGCUAUGAGGAUUUUCAGAUCACAGAAUUUGUAAGUUUCAAACCAAAUAUAAAAAGUUAUGGUCAAAAGAGAUUUACCUACUUCUACAAGACUUGGUCCAGUGAUUUGCCAAAAAUAAAUGACGUUGAUUCGUUGCUUGCGCAUUCGGGUGAUAUAUUAAAGUUUGUUGGAGUGUAUCUUUCAAAGAACGUUGAAGUAUUCAUAAAGCUUUGUGAGAUUAUUAAGUGGGAUUUGACAAUAAUAGAGAAGAAUCCUGAAGAUGAAAAUUUGCUGAAUCGGAAAAUAAAAUGGUUUCAUUAUUUUAGGAAUUAUAUCUUUCCGGCAAUGUCUAUAAUUGAAGAAAAUUCAAUAGCAAUUGAAAAUGCUUAUUCCAUAUUGGAGUUCUAUCCAAUCGAGGACAGAUUUAGUGUUUAUGGAGAAUUGUAUCAAAUUCUUUCGAAGAAUAAUCCUUAUAUUAAGAUGGCAUAUAACCAGGCUGAAAAGUCCACAAAAGAUAUCUUACGAAGAUUAUCAAAGGAAAACGUGAGGUCAAUGAUGAGAAGAUUGGCUAAGAUCAGUUUUUCCAAUCCUUUACCUUGUUUGUUGACAAUUUUACAACAAAUUGAAAGUUAUGACAACUUAAUCCCAUUGGUGAUAGAGACCGCUCGUUACUUCAAUAACUAUGGAUGGGAUUCCUUAACGAUUGGUAUUUUGAUUAGACUCACUGUCGAUGGCAGAUCGACAAUUCAAAUCAAUGGUAUGAAUGAGAGAAAGUGGUUACAAUCUCUAGCCUCAUUUAUUGGAAAAAUAUCUCAAAGGUAUCCUAACUUUAUAGAUUUGGAAACAAUUCUCACCUUUUUAUUAAAAUCAUUCCAUCAAGGUGAUAGUUUGGGGGUUAUAGUUUUGAGAGAGAUCUUAACAUCAAUGGGAGGACUUCAAUCUAUCAAUAACUUAACGCUUAGACAGAUCAACAUGAUUAAUUGUGGUUCGUCUUUGGAGAAGUUAGUUUACAAAACAAUUGAUGAUGUGAGAUACGACAGAGCCAAAUCAGGACAGACUCUCGUCAACACACUUAUAAAACUAGAUGGGAUUAAUGAGAUUCUAGUUUUGUUGUAUCAAUUAACCAAGAAGAGUAUCGCAGGAUCAGAAUUGACGCAAUUAAAGAUUUUAGCAAGCAAGAACGAUGACUUGGAUUCAGUUAUACAUCUCUUGAUCACCUUAAUUAAUUUUUUCGGAAAUGCUGAUGAAAUUUCGAAGCAUCUUUUAAGUGCAAGUGAAUUGAAUGAGAAAUAUGGAUUAUCUAUACAAUGGAUUUUUGAACUCUGGAGGCCAAUAUUAGCAAAGAGACAACUAGCAUAUGAAACCAAUGACUCUUCGAUGGAGACGGAUUCCCCAUGGAACCCAGUUUUGCAACCAGUAAUGAAUGAGGUAUCUCAUGUUCUCCCAGCUGAAAUAACAUCACACCUCAGUCCCGGAUUGUUUGUGACCUUCUGGCAAUUGUCCUUAUAUGAUAUCAAUUACACUUCAGAAUUGUACGAUAAUGAAGAAUCUAAAUUGAAAUCAACCAUCAAGUCUUUGAAAGAGUCCUCCUCUAUAAAUUCAAAAGACAAAGAUAUCUCCAGAGUCGUACUUGAGAGAGCUAAAAAAGAGUUGAAGCAGAACGAGGAUUAUUUGACGAGUAUCCCUGUGGAUAAAACCAAGCAUUCAGACCACUAUGAUAGUGUUGUUUCACGCUUGAAAAAAGAGUCAGCAUACUGGUUUCCAAUUAGCAACCCCGACGACAUUAAGAUUCAGACUCAAAGAUUCCUUCAAUACUGUUUACUACCAAGAUCGAUUCACUCUUCCUUUGACGCCGGUUUCAGUUCAAAGUUCCUUUUUAGUCUUCAUGAACUUGGUGCAAACAACUUCAGCAUACUUAGUCUUCUUGAUGAACUAAUAAGAAAUAAAAUUUUGUUCAGUACCUUGUUCACAUUGACACCUGUUGAAUCGGAGAAUCUCGGAUUGUUCUUUGCGGAUAUUCUCAACCAGUUACACAAUUGGACUGAUGAGAAAUUCUUCGAGGGAAAUGUCAAGAGCAAAUUAUUUAGUAAUGAUGGCUCAGAAGUAUCUUACGAUGAUUAUCGCAAGAUUUUGUAUGAGUAUCAUGAUAUUAUUUUGAGUGACAUUGGUGCAUCUUUGAAGGUUACUGAGUAUAUGUCAAGGAGGAAUGCAAUCACAUUUUUGAAGAACCUUUUAGGAGUCUAUCCUAACGUUGAAGACCAUUGCGAGGAAAUAGUUAAACUUAUUCAGAAUAUUGCUACCACUGAGCAAAGGGAGGACUUAAAAUUGUCUUCAAGUGCCUUGAUUGGGCAUGUGAAAUCUAGAUCCAAAGAGUGGGUUCACCUAUGGGAUUUUAUCCCAAUGCCGGAAGCCGAGAAAGAGGCGUUAAUUAAGAAAAGAAAAGAAGAGAAAGAAAAAGAGCUAGCUAAAAUCAGGGCGAAGCAAAUCAAGGAACAGAAAGAGAAGGAAGAGGCUUUGCGCAAACAGAGAGAAGAAGAAGAAAAGAAGAAGAGAAAGAAUCUUUUGAACUAUGAUUCAAAGCAAUCCGUUUCAGUAUCUACUUCAUCUGCAAGAAAUGAUAUCAGAGGCGAGUCAUCCAGGGGUCGUUACGAUAAUUAUUCAAAUUAUGACAACAGAGGAACUCAAGAUGACAAAUUGAGACUGAAAGAAGAUAACAAGAAGGAAAUCUCGAAUCUGAAAGAUCAAAGCACCGCAACAAGAGCUAACGAUGAUAAGAAAGCAGAUUCUAAAAAGGCCGAAAACAAAAAAGAUGAUCUUAAGGGUGAUUCCAAGAUAGGUGCUAAAUCUGAAACCAAAAUUGAUUUGAAGGUUGAAUCCAAGGGAGAUGCAAAAUCUGAACCGAAGAAUCUGAACAAGCAAGAUUCCAUCAAGAACGAAUCAAAUGACAAGAAAACAGAAGAAAAGUCAGCUGAUUUGAAGGCCAGACUUUUACAAGCUAAGAAGGAUUACCAAGAGAAGGCUUCGAAGGAACAGCGAGAGCCAGCCUCUCGCAGUAGAGCACCUUUGCCUCCUCAGGGAUCUUUGCCCAAGGAUGCUGCGGACCAAAGAUACGGAGGCAGAUAUAAUGACAAUUACAACAUCUCAAGCUCUAGAUUCAGUCGAGACAAGAGCUCAACGCCUAACCCACCCCAAAGGCCGCAUAGACCUCACACUUCUCAGUAUGACAGAAAGGUUCCAACACCCUCUUCCUAUCCCGAGAGAAAAUCCACACCAACUAAUUCGAAUAAGCCACCCGUGCCCCCACCUUCAACAAAACCACCAGCAUCUAAUCUGUCCUAUCAAGAGAGAAACAAGCAGCCAACAAGGGCAGGUUUACCACCCCCACCCCCACCCCCGCCUCCACCGGUGAGUCUCAAACCUAGAUCCGAUAACUUCCAAAAGAGGAACCCACGGCCAGACACAUACGACAACAGGGGAGAUUCCUACCAAUCCAGAGAUGGAUAUAACAGAGGAGAGUAUAGAUACGAAAAGGGCGCACAGGGAAGGCCCGACAAUAAGAGGCCACUGGACUACAACAGGGGUUACAACAAGAAAUCUAGAUACUGACCUUUGAGCACUGUGUCUAAGAUUGAAGAACUAAUUCAAUAAUAGCAAGUUGUAGAAAUUUAUAGGAAGCAGCUAAAUGUAUGAUUGCUACACAGGGGAUCGGAGUACGGUCAGUGCCAAAGUCACCAAAUUGACACUAUAUUACAAGUCUAUAAUUAUAUAAAUACAAGUGACUAAACCUCAUCUACUAGUCUUUCUUUCAUGGAGCCUGCAGUUAGCAGCUUCAAUU